UCUGAAACUUCUCGCUACUUUCCAUUCCUUUCCUGACGACGCUAACCCUGCCUAUAUAAAUACCAUUCAUUUUCCUCUGCAAUCACCAUUCACCACAUCCUUACCUCGAUCAAUAAUCCUGCAUUUUACAUUCUUGUUUUCACUUCCCAAUGGCACCCAUUUUAUGUUUCCUCCUCUUAAGCCUUGCACUCUCCUCCUCCCACCUUGUUUCUGCAAAUUUUUAUAAUGACUUUGACAUCACAUGGGGAAAUGAUCGUGCUAAGAUACUCGACAAUGGCCAACGCUUGCAGCUCACUCUCGAUCAAUCCUCAGGCUCAGGUUUCCAAUCCAAGAAUGAAUAUCUCUUUGGCAAGAUUGAUAUGCAAAUCAAGCUGGUGCCUGGUAAUUCCGCCGGUACUGUUACUGCAUACUAUCUCUCGUCACAAGGGGAUAAACACGAUGAAAUAGACUUUGAGUUUCUGGGAAAUCUGUCUGGAGAUCCCUACAUUAUGCACACCAAUGUUUUCUCACAAGGAAAAGGCGGUCGCGAGCAGCAAUUCUACCUUUGGUUUGACCCUACAGCAGAUUUCCACACUUACUCCCUGCUCUGGAAUCCCCAACAAAUUAUAUUUUCUGUGGAUGGAACUCCGGUGAGAGUGUUCAAGAACAGCGAGGAUUUGGGAGUGGCGUAUCCCAAGAAUCAGGCGAUGAGAAUAUACUCGAGCCUGUGGAACGCAGACGAUUGGGCAACCAGAGGCGGUGCAGUGAAGAUCGAUUGGAGCAAAUCCCCAUUUGUGGCGUCUUAUGGAAAUUUCAAAGCAGAAACAUGCUCUGCCUCCUCUGAUUGCUCUGUGAAUUCAUGGUAUGGUGCGGAGGCAUUGGAGUCGAGUAAACAGCAGAAACUUGAAUGGGUGCGCAAAAACUACAUGAUUUAUGAUUACUGUUCGGACAGUAAAAGAUUUCCACAGGGCUUUCCUGCUGAAUGUACUCGCCAGGCAUCCAACUGAGUUCAAUGAACAACAUGCACCAGUUUCAUCACAUUCGUUAAUUCAAAUUCUUUUAUUCUUUCAAUUUUUGUAGCGAUUCCAGGCCCAAGAGGCUAUCUUUGUAACGAUUGGAUCCCGAUCAAUUGAAUAUACUUAUAUCUCAGUUUGAAUUUAUUAUUA